AUGGCCAAGCUGCCGGCAGACUCGCAAAUGUCGCCCGGUAUCGAUCCUGUCAACUCAUUGUUUCUCAUAUCUAAAACCGCGAGAUUUCGAAAGCGACCGAGCUCGUGCGGCAUACUCGUCGCCAGAUGGUUCCACGACAGAUUCAGGUACCUCACUCUCGAUUCUGCCGGUAAGGGGAGUGGUCCCCGCAGAUUGUUGCUCGACAGAUCCAAUAUCUGGAGUGUCUCGAAAGCUUUACCAUUGGAAUCCGGGGGAAGAAUCGCCCCAGUCAGGUUGUUUCUAGAGAGAUCCAUUUCGUCCAGCUUCAUUUCGAACAAGCCGUCCGGUAUGCUCCCGUUGAGGCUAUUCCCGCUCAACCGAAUCACAGAUAAGCUAUAG